AUGCAUUCAUUUCGGCGACCAAUUCUGCCAAACUACCACGAUCGCAGGACCUCACACGAAUACCAACGCAGAACUACGUUCACGCUUCUUCUGUACCACCAUACCUUAGAAAUGGCCGAAUCCAGUGUGGACCACGUCGCCAGCGACGCGAAGGACGCGCUCGACUGUCCUGUCGUCUACGGCGAGCUCAACUGCAGCCGCAUCACGCCGGACAAGCCAAACAACUUCACCCUCAAGAAGAACGCUAGUGACAUCACCGCCAACGUCGACUGGCUCAAUUGCUCUAUGGUUGUCGACGAGCCGCUCAAUGCUCGAGACAACCACCUUUGUGCCUUCGAUCAAGUCCCCGAGGCCAAAACAGUGUACAAGCCGGGCGUCUAG